AUGGACCAAGCUGCCAUUCCUGGAAAGUACGUCAGUCAGUUAUCUUAUGUCACCAUCCCUGCGGCAUUCCUGACCACCGGGGUCUUCUCCCAUUACAAUAUUAGAGCUAACAAGGCAGACUCCAAAGACACUCGAACUCUAAGAAAAGCUAUUAGCAGCAUGGAAGCAGAAAGGCAUGAAGCAAAUCAGGAAAAUGCUUCGUUGAGCAGCAUCAGAUUGUGUGGAAAAACUCCAGUUCAUGAAGGAGAAAGUGUGGCGUGGUGGGAGUCUUUCUGUAUCCUGAGUCGUGAGGCACAGCCCUACCCCCAGUCUUUACCAUCAACAGGUACUACCAGUCCGUUUUUAGGGUCAGCUUGUCUUCGUGGUGCAAUUAAUGAAAAGCCUUCUGUACCUGUGACUCAAGUGCAGAACCCUUUACUCGCUAAGUAUGAAAUGGAACUUGAAAGUCAGCGAAAACUGAUCCCUUACCCAGGAAAGGAACAUAUCGAGCGGGUUUUAGAAGAGUACUCACAUCAGGUGAAAGACUUACAGAGAAGACUGAAUGAAAGUGCUGAGCUGCAUGAAAAGCAGAAAUUCCACCUGAGGCAGUCAGUCAUCGACUUGCAGACUAAGCUUCAAGAGAUGCAGAUGGAGAGAGACGCCUUGGUUGACAUCAGACGAAGGGAGAAUCUUUCUCAGGAGGAUCUAAGAAUUCAGCUCCAAAAUACAGCUCAUGAACUUGAAACUGCCAAGCGCCUUCAGGAGGAGAUGUUGAGGGAGAGCAGUAGUCAGACGGAGCAGCUCCGAAAGGUGAUGCUCAGUCAUGAAGGAGUGCUCCAGGAGAUCCGGGCCAUUCUGGUGGACUAUGAGGAGACCACAGGCAAGAGGAUCUAUGAGCACGAGGCCAUCUCUACUCUCCACGUCCGCAACUUGGGCACAGCCAUCAGUAAACUUCUGAGAGAGCUGGACACAGAGGUGUCUUAUCUUAAAGGGAGGAUUUUUCCAGUAGAAGAUCAACUUGAAUCACUGAAAACCGAAUCACAGAACAAAAUAGAACUACUUCUUCAGCAGCAUCAAGAUAGGAUUGAGCAAUUAAUGAAUGAGCACGAACUUGAAGUAACGGGACUGAGUGAAAAAGCCAGCAGUGCCCGCAGCCAAGCUAAUAGCAUCCAGAGCCAACUGGAAAUCAUUCAAGAACAAGCAAGAAAUCAAAAUUCAAUGUAUAUGCGUCAACUCAGUGAACUGGAAUCUACUGUUUCUCAGCUGCGUUCUGAAUUAAGAGAAGCCAAAAGAAUGUAUGAAGACAAGAUAGAAGAUCUGGAGAAGCAGUUAGUCCUGGCCAACUCAGAGCUGACUGAGGCCCGCACUGAGCGUGAUCAGUUCAGUCAGGAAUCUGGAAACCUGGAUGACCAACUUCAGAAGCUGCUGGCUGAUUUACAUAAAAGGGAAAAAGAGCUGAGUUUGGAGAAGGAGCAGAACAAGCGGCUUUGGGACAGAGACACUGGUAACAGCAUUACCAUCGACCACCUGCGCCGGGAGCUGGAUGACAGGAACAUGGAGGUGCAGCGUCUGGAAACACUGGUGAAAACCAUGAAGACCGAGUGCCAGGGGCAGAUGGAGCGCCAGAUGGCAGCAAUCCAGGGAAAGAAUGAAAGCCUAGAGAAAGUGUCUUCCUUGACGGCUCAGUUGGAAUCCACCAAAGAGAUGCUCCGCAAAGUUGUGGAAGAGCUGACCGCCAAGAAGAUGACCCUGGAAAGUUCUGAGAGGGCCGUGUCUGACCUGACGCUAUCUCUGCAAGAGAAGGAGCGGGCCAUCGAGGCCACCAAUACGGAGAUCACCAAGCUUCGUUCCAGGGUUGACUUAAAGUUACAGGAGCUCCAGCAUCUGAAAAACGAAGGGGACCAUCUCCGGAACGUGCAGGCUGAGUGCGAGGCCCUCAAGCUGCAGAUGGCGGAGAAGGACAAGGUGAUUGAGAUCUUGCGUCAGCAGAUUGAGAACAUGACUCAGCUGGUUGGCCAGCAUGGGCGAACAGCCGGGGCUAUGCAGGUGGAGAAAACUCAGCUCGAGAAAGAGAUCAAUGAUCGGAAGCUAGAGCUGCAGGAAUUCAAGAUUAUAAAAGACAAGAAAGAUUCAAAAAUACGUGACCUUGAAGCCCGGCUAAGUGACUUGGAACUUGAAAAGGUGAAACUGGUGAAUGCAGGAUCUGAACGGCUCCGUGCAGUAAAGGACAUGAAGCAGGAGAGAGACCAACUCCUCGCUGAGGUGAAAAAUAGUCGGAAUGAGCUCUCCAGUCUUUCAGAGGACUACGAAGUUUUAAAAAGAAAUUAUCGGAACAAAAGUGAAGAGAUGGAAUGUACCACAAACAAGCUGAAAAUGCAAUUGAAAUCUGCACAAGCUGAACUGGAGCAAACGAGAAAUACUUUAAAGACAAUGGAAGGAUCUGAUGGCCAUGCUAUGAAAGUUGCAAUGGGAAUGCAGAAGCAAAUCACUGCCAAGAGAGGACAAAUAGAUGCCCUGCAGAGCAAAAUUCAGUUCUUGGAGGAGGCCAUGACAAAUGCGUCUAAGGAGAAGCGUUUCUUAAAAGAAGAGAAAAAUAAAUUGAGUCAAGAAUUGAGCAUUGUUGCAACGGAAAAAACCAAAAUGGCAGGGGAGCUGGAGAUCCUGAGAUCCCAAGAGCGGCGCUUGAAAGAGAAAGUUGCUAACAUGGAAAUUGCUCUUGAUAAGGCAUCUUUGCAGUUUGCAGAGUGUCAAGACAUUAUCCAGCGUCAGGAGCAAGAAUCAGUCCGCUUGAAGCUGCAGCACACGCUGGAUGUAAAGGAACUUCAGGGUCCAGGCUACAUCCCACCUCCUCCAGUGAAACAGCGCCUUAUACCAUCACUGCCUACUUCCCGGCCCCACUCUGCUAAUUUACCAUCUUCCCAGUCUGCCAUCAGCUAUGUAUCUCAUGUGCCAGCCAAAGUUUCUAUCCUGAAGGAAGACCCUACCAGGGACUUAAAACAACUGCUUCAUGAGCUAAGGAGUGUCAUCAGUGAGGAGCCCUCUGUGUCUCUGCCUAAGAAUGAUGGGGACAUUGGGAGACCAGCCACUGGAGGAGCCAUUCACAUGGGAGUAGAUGAUGCAGUCAGAGACCCGCUUACUGAAUCUAAACUGAGAACAGAAAUAUUCAACAGAGAUGCUGCAACUUUACAUGCUGGAGACCUGGAGGACGCAUCUAAUGCCUUCGGUUUUCCAUCCAGUGUAAGCCCUUCGAUUACAGCUGGUGGGAGCCGCUAUGGCACUUCCCCUAAAAAGUUCUCCCAGGAACCAAAGAGCACAGAGAGGACUCCAGCACACACCCUUUUGACCAGCUCAGCUGAAGAUUCUCUGUCUUCCAAGUCAGACUACAGAGCUGCCAAACAUACACAUACAUCUGAUGUUAAAGUUUCUCAGAGUCAACCAGUAGAAACAACUGGAAAAACAUGUAGGAAGCUACAGAACAGACUGGAAAGUUUACAGAAUCUGGUAGAAGAUUUACAAAUGAAAAACCAAGCAAUGUCAUCAAUGAUCAGGAAUCAAGAAAAAAGGAUACAAAAAGUGAAAGACCAAGAGAAGAUGCUAUUGAAAUGA